GACGAGGACACGCACACCAGGGUGGCACGAUAGUAUGACGGUGAUGCUGCUGCAACGUUCAGUCACCCCGCAGUCGACGCACAGCCAAAAGACAGCGACCAAAGACUGCAGCGCGAAGCCGCCCUUUCUCUUUCUACUGGAUGACCGUGAAGAACAUCGGCACUCGACCGACACCAACACCACGGCCACUACAAAUAACAACAACAAUAACAACAAUAAUAACAAUAUCAACAAUAACAAUAAUAAUUUCUUAAAGAGGGGCGCCCAGAGGAGCAGCAGCUGCGAUCACGUCGCCGACGAGGCGCCGGCGUCGGUGACGUCCCAACGGCUCGCCGGCGGUGGUCAGGACGUCGCGAUGCGAUAUUACCGCCUCUGGAUCUACGCCUGUAACCUGGUGCUGCUCGGUAGCGCGGUCGGUUUCUCCGCCGCGGUGUCGCAGACCCUCCUGUUCACCAGCGAUCCUCGCCGGUACGUGGUACCGGGUGUGCCUCACGCCUUCGACCUCACCGCGCUCUACGGCUACCUGGCCCUGGCGGCGCAGCUCGGUCUGGUGCAGAUGCUCGGUUGUAUCGCUGCCAGGCGGCUCAACGCCCGGUUGCUCAACAUCUAUUGGAUAGUGCUGCUGGUAUUGCUGUUUGGCGACGCCGUCAUCGGGGUCGCCUGGAUCUUCCGCUUCGAGAAGAUGCGCGCCGAGCUCAGGCCAACGCUCAGGCUGCGUUUACAGGUAGAUUACGACAAGGAGCCGCGGUUCAGCGAGCAGUGGGACCGGCUGCAACGAGAAUUCAUGUGUUGCGGAGUGACCGGUCCGCGAGACUUUGGUUCCCGUUGGCCGCAGACUUGCUGCGCGACGAGCAUCAACGCGAGCGACCCGUGCCAGCAUCCGUACGGUCGCGGCUGCGAGGAGUCGCUCGUACGCUGGCUCAGGAAGACGGCCGAUCUGCUGUUCGUCCUGGGCUUUUGCGUGAUUGCUUUCGCCAAGCUCUGUUUCCUCGGUAUACUGCGCUACGAGAUACGGGAGAUGAUACAGAAGAUACGGAUGCUGCGGGAACCGCCACCGCCGGCCACGCCGUUCGCGCAACCACCCUUCUGCCAGAUGGUGCCGGAAGCGGCGAGUAACGGCAGCAUCGCCAGAUGCGCGACUAUGCCUAACACGGUCACACCUGUCGGCAACGCGUCGCUGCUGUUACAAUCGGAAGAGUGUAACCCCAGUAGACACCCGUUGCUGGCAAACAACCUGCAAGACGGCGGUGCCGACAGCGACACGAACAGUAAUUGCGCGCUGAUACUCGAGGAGACGACGCCGACUUCGGCGAGUAAUCACAAUAACUGCACGGCCGGCGGCGGCCACGAGAAGAGCAACGGCAACAACAACUACGAGAUGCGCGAGUUCAACCGCAGGUUGCUGCUGUCGAACGGCGCCAGUCCGGGCACGGGCGUGAACGCGAUGACCAGCCAGAGCAGGCGCACCUGACUAUGGAGAUGGUGGCGAAGCACCUCGAACCGUUUCCUGUACAGGAGUAACCGGCGCGCCGACAUACCGCUGUACAAGUAAAACGAACAACCCACGUGCAUCAUUGUCUCGGGCGUUUGUUAAUUUUUUUAAAGGGAGUAAGCACACGUACGUAGCGCGGGCUACUGACUGGCGCGAAUCAAACGAAUGGGAAACGUGGAAACACUGUCGUCGUCAUCAUCGUCGUCGACGCGAUCAGCGAGGGAGGGACCGAGAACAACUUGUCUCUGUUCCGUUAGCUUCCAGUUUGCCGUGCUCCCCUUUAGCGCGAUGACUCGCGCGACACCGAGGGAGACCGCGGCAAUGAUUCUUGGUGAGACACACACACACACGAGAGACCAAGUAUUCGCGAAUCGAUAUAUCAUGAUGGAAUUACAUAUUAAAACCAAAGACCAAAUCAAAACAUAUACAAUAGAAAGAAAGAAGAAUAGAGAGAAAAAAACAGAGGAAGAAGAAUAUGUUCAUUUUUGUAAGGCGAAACUCGCAAAGGGGAAUCUACGGAGAUCAUUUAACAAAGUGCGCGAAGAAAUGUCGUUGCUCUAUGAUUCCUUAAUCAAGCGGCGAGCAAUUCGUCCCGCGUGAAAGGCAGCGUCGAGAAACAGUUCUAUUUACGGCCUCGUGCCGUUGCACGCAUAGCAACCCCUGCGCUAAUUUCGUCAUCGUCGAUCGUCAGUUAUGCAGAGGAACGCUAACUAGAGGUGUACGCUAAUUUUAAAUGACCGUUAGAGAACAAGUAAAGUUUCUUUAGUCUCUCGAUUCUUAUGGACUUUACUCUUCGCGAGCUCUUUCCGCGGGGCUUUCGCCGCGUCCGCGCGCCGGAGUUGCGGGGUUGCUCGCUAACUGCCCGUAACUCUCGACACUUGGCAGGUGUACACCUUAUACACACGUCUUUCCGUCCUCGCAUGGUCGGUGUAUAACCGGUGUUUGUAGACUUAUUUUUAGUCGUAAGACGCUCCUUACGCUUCCCACCCUAAGAAAGCAUCAUCGAUCGCGUCAUCGACGUAUGUACGAGACAUUGUUCACCGUAUCGUUCCCUUCGUGAGGUAGUGUGUCACAGCCGAGUGUAAUUGCCAUCGCACAUAAAUGAUACAGGACGCUCGUUCCCAUUCGGAUUUCCAUUCGAGUCGCCUACAGGUAACGACUUUGCGAACGAACGUACUUUGAGUUAUUAGUCGGAUCGCGGGAUGACCCGUCCGAGACACGAGACAUCUUGGCAGAGCGGCUCUUCAGCCACUCUAAUAACCAACUAAUCAGUAGUCAUUUUAUUUGGAAACCGCGGGAUUCGGAGCUAGAUUAAACUAAACUAAACUAACGCGACUCUCAGAUGACUCACGACGAUCAAGCAAGCGAUUCCCCGAUUGCUUUUGCAUACGUACGUACACAUGUAACGUCUAAAUGAUACGCGUCACACAAGUAGCUUGUACAAGAUGCGUUCCUUGUAAUUGGACUUCCAUUGUUGGGCUGAGAUAACGCAUGCACGGUUGCGCCUGAUCUCUGUCCACUCGAGAUGAUUUCUGUUCUCUCGCACGCCUCGCGAGCACGUCCGGUCAACUGGCGUCCCAAUAAUGGAGAUCCGCCUUAUAAGGUGACAAAGGCAUAGCGUAACCGCUCGAGGUAAUUGGCUUCCUAGCUAAGAUUAAAGGAAUCUUAGAGUUAUACAUUUACGCAGUGGGGAUGCAAUGAUAAUGGACUACAAGUAUAUACCAGCAUAUGUAAUAGAUAAUACUAAGUGUCGAUCGUCUGCUUAAGGAACAAAUCGAAGCAUUAUCCUUGUUGAAUGUUUGAGCGCACGUCUCCGCCAAUGCUACCGAACGAGACGCUUCAUACAUCUGAUCUGUCUGCCGCAGUUACGGAUUUUACGUAUCCCGAGGAAUCUGACGUUUCACACACAUCUCCGGUGUUUCACACGCGUUCUAAUUACACUAGUCUGGACAACAGGGUAAUUACUAAUCACGGAAGGUUGCCUGAACGUUCUCCUAGGCCGCUAUUAGCGAAGCGAGAUACCAUCAUCCUUUCUUAAUCAGACUAUCGAAUUAUUGUUGAAUGUAACGAGCUAAUAACGUCGAAGCUUACACCUCGCAGACACACAGCCUCUGCCACUAAAUGUACAUAAAGAUGUUAUAUACAGGAGAUAGGAGAUUAUCGACCGUCGUUCUCUGCCUUUGUUUUUUCUUUUGUUUCUCCGAAGUUAACUAGUCGAAAGAAGAUAUGUCGGAAAAGCGAAACGCGUACGAAAUUGCCGAAAAUUGUCGCUUUAGUUGUCAAACACACGUGCGUGUUAAUAUAUCAUCUACCGGAGAGAAGAAAAAAGGGGGGGAGAACAGAGAAACAAGAAGAAAUUUCAGAUUUGUACGUUGCAUUCGGACGAUAUGUAAGUUCAAACGAGCGUAGCGUUAACGGAUCGGAUAUUGAAAAGCGCGUAAGAGCAAAGCGAGUAAGAACGAAGAGAAAAGCGGAGGACAGGGAGCUUUGAAUAGUGCCUGCUUAAGAAACCCAAUUUAUUAUAUCUCAAACAACCUAGGUAUGAUCAAACAAUUUAGAGAUUUGCGACGUUGCACGUUCAAACGAUCCGAACGUCGGAUCCGCCGACGAGAAUCACGACGGUUCCCGCGGAGGACGCACUCAUCCUCGAGGAAGGAGGAACAGGCGGAUAAGAAUUUGUACAUUCUAGUGAAACCUUCCUUAGUCGAAUUCACGUGCAUCGACCAAGCUCACGAUCGUGAGCGGCCGAUCCACUUACAUCGAUAAUCAACGUUUAUACAGCACGAAACACAGAGAAACGGAAAGUUGAAUUUUCCGUUCAGAAUCGCGCGGCUGCUCGGCGUUCGGCUCGAACUUCUGUUCCUAACGCGCGUGCAACGUCGCGAAUGACGCGUCUCCUAGAGCGAUACCGAGUAGCGUACUGAGAAGAGAAGCGUAUGCACACUUAAAGGCUUUGAUUACUUUAAUAUUGUAUAAAGGCCACACAACACACAACAAACGUACACACACGCACACGACGAACAAGCGUAUCCGAAGACUGUUAGCGAGCAGAAGAACGGACGCUAUAUAUAUAAAUUAUACGAUACGUAGCUACGUACGAGUCACGCUCGAGCUCAAUAGCGCGGUUACGUUGGUGAUGAUCUUUUACGUUGUCGAGAAUGAGGGGAUCCUUCGUAAAAUACCGUAAAAAGGAGAAGCAAGCUUGCGUACUCUGUAUCCGAUUGAGUUAUACCGUAGAUACGGCCGCCGUAAACUCAACGGCGUGUUUCAUAGAUUUGCUAUUCUAUACGAAGCGCGUUUGUUAAGGUACGUCACUCUUCCCCAUUUUCCCUUCCCCACCCUUUACCUGCCCUUUACUAUUAUUACUCUACGCGAGAUUUCCUAUCAUUUGAUAUUAUUAAGUGUACAUAAAAAGCAAAA